GCUGACUUGACGUUGGUAAAUCCUCUUUCAUGAGCGCAAUGGGGAAUACCGAAGUGGCAAGAUUCAAGCUGAUGUGACUGACCCCUGCGAGUAUUCGGAAGCUCUUUAGCCCGGACAGGUCAUGCUAUGGUGAGGUGUGUCAGCAAUGACGGAUGUGGAGGCGACCUUUGAGGACUUCAUCGCUUCUCGACGAUCUGGCCGCAGGAAUGCCAUCCAUGAAAUCCCAGCAGCCCCUGGAGUGCAGGGACCCACUGAUCUGUCACAAAGCCUGGCACAGCUCAACAUCAAUAAGUCAGGCGAUGAGGGAGAAGACGCUGAGAAAAGCCAGGACUCUCCUGCUAAAGAAGAGGAGACUCAAGCUGAGGGUAGCUAGCUGCCAUCAGAUAUUUAUGGACUCGGUCGCUUCUGUUUUUUUUUUUUAUUUGAUCCCUGAAUGCUAAGCCUCUGACUGGCCAGUUGCAUCUAAUGACUAUGAACAGAUACAGCAAAAUCCUCUACUGCCACCCUCCUGCCAUCAGGAAGUCAUCACCAUGGCAACCACAGUGCAGUCUCCCUUCUGUACUUGGAUGUGUUUUAACCUCUUUUAAAAAAAAGCCUUGCUGCCUUUCCUUUGUGGCUGCUGAUGUGAAAUUGGAUGUGAUGUAUGGUGAACGCAGCUGACGUCAACAACCAAAACCAGCCCCGUUUGACUGUCAGCGGUCCUGAGUGGAAAGGAGUGUAGGAUAAGAGAAAGCAGGCCAUUCUAGAUUUUGGGGGCAGGCUUACGUAUUGCCACAGAAUUAAAAUUUUGUCUUCCCUCCCCCUUGUCGCCUUGAAUCAUUCAUCACUUAUGUGGCUGAAAUACUUCCAGGGAACCGAGGACAGUGACUGGACACCUACUCUUCCUCUGCUCUUCUUGCAUCAGUUUUUGCACACGUGCUCGCAUCUAUCUGUGCAAACUGUUGACUAUGUUCAGACUCCAUCACCAUUUUUUCUCUAGCUUUGUCCUUCUGUAUAUUUUGGGAGGCUUGAUGGACAUUAUCACAAAACUGCAUUUCAACACUUUCAGCAUUAAACUGAGGCCUAAA